AUGACACAAAUGACCAUUCUUAAAGCUAAAUCGCCCUCCCCCCCUAAACUCCACCUCACCCCAUACCCCACACUCCCCUACUCCCCCAAUCAACCACCAAAUCCCCACACACCAACCCCAGUUAACCCCUCUUUACUCCCUACUCCUCCCCCCCCCACAUCCUACCCGACCCGACCCCCCCCAUACCCACACCCCAAGAAAGUGGGCGUGGCCAGCGACAGCCCCGACAUCCCCCGCGUCGCUAAGCCCCAUCAGCACGUGGCAGAACCCGUCAUUACGGCGCCAGGGACUCCGCUGAGCCGUCAUGCAGCAGCGGCGACGUGCGACUUACGACUUGCGUACGACCUCCGUGAUAAGUACGACCCCUGUGACACAUGCUGCUACGACCUCCGCGAUAUAAGGACAACCUACCCGAUACGUACGACCCUUGUGACAUCUCCAUGCUCGCAUAUCCACAUACCCUCCGUCUCCAUGCUCGCAUAUCCACAUACCCUCCUGGUCCAUGUUCACAUAUCCACAUACCCUCCUGCCCCAUGCUCACAUAUCCACAUACCCUCCUGCCCCAUGUCCGCAUACCCACCCUAUGCUCCUUUCCUCACACCUACAUAA